UAGUAUUUUUAUUUUAUUAUUUUUUAUUUGGUACUUUUUGUUUUGUUUCAAUAUCUCAAUUAUUACAUAACUUGUUUCAAUAUCUUAAUUAUUACAUAACUUAUAACUAUAUAUUACAGCAAUAUCGCACGAUUAAAUACGAUUAGAUUAGAAAGGCGAUAUAUAGCGACAUAUACUUCUGCGUCGCUUGAUAUACGUAUCUCAAUACGUAUCUUAAUUGUCAUAUUAAAAAAUAAUAUAUUGCAGCGUUUAUCGCUAUUAAAGAAAAAGAGGGCACAGUCCACAGCGGGCUAGGCUAUAAAAAAGCCGCAGCCAGCUGUGUGUGUGAUCGAACAACUAAUCAAUUAGUCAAUCAAUCAGGCAUUCAGUCACUAGUCAUUAGACAUUAGUCUAUCAGUCGAGUUAAUUUCAGUGGUCAGCAGUUCAGUCUUGAGCGGUUUCGAAAUAAUAUCAACAUAAGUUGUCGGCAUAGUAGCAAAAAGAAAAAUAUCGAAUAGAGGACCUACAUUCUGUGACGUGAAUCUGAUAAUUAUAUACACCGGAAUGUAUAUACGUGCAGUUACAAGUUAUGAAAUUUGCAUAUUGAUGCAAAAAAGGCUGUGUUUUACAUAACAAUAAUUACCUAAUCUAAUCAUUCCGCAAGAAAAUAAAUUAUUUGUAUAUAACGCAUCUAAUACGUCUAAAUAACGUCUAACGUACGGUAAGUGUAUUUGUGUUGAAAUCACCUUGCGCACACUAUUCGUGGCGGGAACAAAGUAUCAUAUUUCACGAAUCAAGGCGAUAAAGUGUGAAGCCUCACGGAUAUAAUUUGGCUUCGCGAUUGUAUCGUUACUCUAUUUCUUUUUAACCAAAUAUGGUCAAUACGACUCCGGCAUUCUGGCUAGCAUGCUUUCUGGGUGUCAUUACGCUGACGGAAAGUGCGAGGAUCUUGGUAGUCUCUACAAUACCAUCUUACAGUCACCUUAUACCGUUUCAAUCGCUAUGGACAGCUCUCAGUCAACGGGGACAUAAAGUCGUUGUUUUGACGACAAACCCUGUCGGAGAUCUCAACUUGACGAAUUUGACGGAAAUCGAUUUGCGAUCUCAGUAUGGGAUAUUCACGACUGAUUACACCAAGCUGAGAUUCAUCUCUACUUGGCUAGACAUGGAACAGAAUAUCAUGUGGGACAUCUUCACGGAUCUAACGAAGAACAUUCUUGAGCAUCAGGAAGUACGUAAACUCUACGCACCGAACAGUGGUGAACAGUUCGACGUAGUAUUUAUUGAAAUACACGUGGCCCCUGCCAUCUACGCCCUGGCGCAUAGAUUUAACGCGCCUGUUAUAGGUAUAUGGUCGUUACCGUUACCCUCUGAUGCUUACUAUAAUCUUGGUGUACCCGUUUUACCAUCGCAUCCUUCUACUUGGGAAAUGGAAUAUAGGACUGGUUUUAAUCUGUCAUUGUGGCAGAGGAUGAAAAAUUUCAUUCGAUUGUGGCAUUUCUUGUAUUAUUUAUUUAAUCAAUUUGUGCCGCAACAGCAAGCGCUAGUGGAGAAAUACUUGGGUAAAGUACCCGAUAUAAAUGAGAUGAUGAAGAAUAUCAGUAUUAUAUUCUGCAGUCAACGGGAAAUCACUUCGUUCAGCAGACCACAAUCACUGAAAGUAAUACAGACUGGAAAUCUUCAUAUAAUGAAGGAACCUCCACCUUUAUCAAAUAAUUUGGAAAAAUUUUUAAACGACACACCAAAUGGAUUCAUCUAUGUGAGUCUAGGCACAAACGUUAAAGUAAUGUCGUUACCGAAUGAUGUACAACGUGUAUUUUAUAAUGUACUUACAAGUUUGCCGUACAAGAUAGUGUGGAAGUUUGAUGGACAUUUGCCAGACAAGUAUGAUAAUAUCUAUAUUGCUAAGUGGUUCCCUCAACGAAGCAUUCUCGCUCAUCCGAACAUUAAACUGUUCAUAUAUCAAGGCGGGCUUCAAAGCACAGAGGAAGCUAUCCAUUACGGGGUGCCACUUUUGGGGAUACCAAUAUUGGCCGAUCAGUGCACUAACAUAAACAAAAUGACAUUUCUUGGUGUCGCAAAGAGUUUAGAUAUUACUACUUUCUCCGAAAAAGAACUGAACUCAUCUAUAAUGGAUAUUAUAACCGAUAAAAGAUAUAAAGAGAGAAUGCUCGACAUCAAAGCACUAAGUAAUGAUGAGCCUUAUAAUAGGCUGGAAAACGCAAUUUGGUGGACGGAGUUUGUCAUUCGUCACAAAGGUGCUCCUCAUCUUCACACCAAUAUCGCUCACGAACCUUGGUACAAGAGAUAUGAUAUGGACGUUAUAGCAAUUUUAUCGAUCGUUAUGUUUGUAGUAUUAAUUUGCACAUCGGUAAUUAUAUAUAAAUUGUUAAAAAUAAUAAUUCUUAAAUAUUUCUGGAUAAAAAUAUCAGUUGAUAUUAAGAAAAAGAUUACUUAA